AUGGAGCCUUCCCUGUUUAAUAGAAGACAGUGGACUUCACAGUCUUUGAAAAUCACUGCGAAAGAGCUUUCUCUGGCCAACAAGAAUAAGUCCUCAGCUCUUGUGGAGAGGUUCUCCAAGUAUCAGAAAGCGGCUGAAGAAGCCACUGCUGAGAAAAAAAGAAGUAACACAGAAAAUCUUCCCCCACGUUUUCAAAGGGGGAAUCUGAGUGCACUAAAGAAGAAGUGGGAGAAUCCAGUGCUGGGAACGGAGUCUCGGAAGGAAACGCUCCGAAGCAGCUGUGCUGAGGUUAGGCACAAGGUCGCCAGCCCGGGGCUCGGAGUCAGGAGCAGCCCUCCUGCUUCCCCAGACACAGAGCAAACCCCGGGGGCUGGUGCUGCAUCCGACGCCCAGGCCCCUUGCAGCACCGCUGGCCAGCUGCAGCGUCCUGGUGGUGACAGCAGGCAGUCUAAAAGCCGCUCACUGGAGGGUGGUAGAAUGGAAAACUGUCUGAGAGAGUCCAGAGAAGUGGAAAAGCCUGAAGCUAGUGAAAACACGGACUCUUCGGGGAAGAUAGAGAAAUACAACGUUCCGCUGAACAAACUCAAGAUGAUGUUUGAAAAGGGUGAAGCGACUCAGACCAAGGUCUUUAGAGACCAGAGGAAGACAGCAGUCGGUAGGAGGAUUUCUGAAAACAGCCUCUCUUCGGAGGACUUUGAUGUUGGCCAAGGAGAGAAGAGCCAUAGUACAUCAGGGCAUCUGGUAGAUACUAGUCCAGCGCUCAGCCCAGACAAGGCAGAGACCAAGAAAAGCCUGGACAUGUCUCACAUAACAGAAACUUCAAUAAAGGAUAGGCUGGCGAAGUAUCAGGCAGCUGUGUCCAAGCAGGGCAGUUCCACAGGCCUAAUUACUAUGAAUGAGAUUCAAGCCAGUGAAAGUGAACUCGAGAAUUACAAAUCUGAGCAGAAGGAGAAUAUGCCACCAAGUCUUGAGGACUCCAUUUCCUAUCAGGAUGAGGAGAAGGUUUCUGUAGGUGAGAACAGCUUGUCCUUCCACGCUGGUCUUCUAGAGGAUGGCAAUGUUGGACAAAACUUGGAGAAUGAGACUGAAGUUCAGAAACCUGUCAGCACAAAGCAGCAAAACUUUAGUUCUAAAACAGCUGGCCAGACAGAUGCAUCUCUGCCAAAAACAGUGAAGAAAUUUCAGUUGCCAAUGAAGGAAACCUGUGUUGGGUGUCAGAAGACCGUGUACCCGAUGGAAAGGCUCUUUGCCAACCAGCAGGUGUUUCACAUCAGCUGCUUCCGCUGUUCCUAUUGCAACAGCAAACUCAGCCUUGGGACAUAUGCAUCUCUGCGUGGGAAUAUUUACUGCAAGCCUCACUUCAAUCAGCUCUUCAAAUCUAAAGGCAAUUAUGAUGAGGGCUUUGGACACAAACAGCACAAGGAACUGUGGGCAGGCAAAACUGAAUGCGAAGAAUCCCCAGAGAAAAAUUCCCAUGGUGUAAAUGCAACAGAAAGUCCGCAAAAGCCAGGAGUAGAGGAUGCCCCAAUUGCAAAAGUAGGAGAUCUGACAGCUAGUAUGGAAGCAAAAGCUUCAGGUUUGCCUGAAAGAGAAGAGAGACCAGCAGAAACAAAAAAGCUCAGGAUUGCCUGGCCGCCUCCAUCUGACCAAAGUAUUCAAGGAAGUGCCUUAGAUGAGGGCAUCAAAGUAUUCAAACCCAAAUGGCCCCCGGAAGAAGAGAUUUCUAAGCCAGAUAUGCUGGAGGAUGUGGAUCUGGAUCUCAAAAAGUUAAGAAGGUCUUCCUCGCUGAAAGAAAGAAGUCGUCCCUUUACAGUCGCAGCCUCGUUUAGAACAGUAUCUGUUAAAGGCCAUAAAACGGAGAAUUCAUCUUCUCCUUCUAAGGCAGAGAGGGACAUGUUGAAGAGAAGUGAGGAACUGGAGAGAGAGGUCGUGAUAGACAAAAAGCAAAAGGAAAAGAAGGCUGAGAAUAAGAACAUCCAGAGUGCUGAAGAGAAAAAUGUAGAGGAAGAACAGGAAUUGUCUGGUAUCAAAACACUAGAGCAUAACUUUGUAGAAAAUGGCCAGGUGAAUGCAGAGACAGAUGAGGAAGAACACACUAUGGAAGAGCAGGAAAUUCCAAAUGAAGAAUUCCUUGAACGAAAUUCUCCUAAACAUUCCAGCUUAGCCAAUGUCAUGACUGCUAAGGAAUCAUCUCCUAACCAGAACUGCAAAUCUCAAGAUGCUGGUUUCUGGGAGGGUGAAGAUAUGGAAGAUCUAUCUGUGGAAGAGCAGAUCAAAAGGAAUCGUUACUAUGAAGAAGAUGAUGAAGAAUAA